GCCACCUACAUGUGUUCGUCAUGGAAUGAGGUACAAAAUAGAUCAAAGCUACGAUUGAAGCUGCAGCAGCGCUUCAUUCGAGUACCGCUGCCCGACCCUCGGUCACCGGGAGGAAUUAAUGGUCCAAGUCGGAGAAAGCGAGGGCGAAAGGCCAAGGCGGAGCAACUAGUGCACGCGCAGGUCAUAGAUUCUCUCAUAAUUCCGAUGACAUGUAUUGUUUUCCCUCCCAGGACCGCGUGCGUUCCCGAUUACAGAAUAGCGUUGGUCGUCCAGACCUAAGGCGCGGUAACC